AUGGCAAGGGCCGAGACUGUACCGCCAAGCGGCCACGGCUCGAAGAGUCUACCGAUACCUGUAGGAACAAGACUUGAGGCCUCAUUGAUAUUCGCACAGCAGCACGGCAGCAGCAACAACAACAGCAAUUCGCCCCACUCACGCCCGCGCCCCCGUAAGAGUAAGAGCGAGAGCAGCAGCAGUAGUGACAAAUGCAGGCGCAUAAAAUGCAGAAGUGCAGAGACGACCACCCCGAUCAUUCGCACACUCGGGGAGGAAGACUUCAACACGGUCAUACGCAAUUUCACGUUACAUGGAGCGAAGAUCCUACGCAACGACUCGCCCCUAAUGAACGUGCUGGACGAAUGGGUGACGAAGUAUCUACAACAGCGAAGCGAGGAACUAGAAACGUUCCUCCGCGACGUCGACCCAGGCCUCGCGGACCAACUAGCCCUCCGCCGGGCGGAGCUCCAGACGGAUAUUUCAAGUGCAUACUCAAUGCCGAAUUCGGGUAUCGCGAUUGGAAGCUCCUUGAUACAUGGGCCAAGAACAUACGAUGGACCAUUACCGGAUUCGGGGGAGCUCGUCAGCCUUAUAUCCUAUCUCCACAAGGGACCGCUGCUGGCCGGAUUUUACUACACGAGGGAUAGAUACGAUGAAGCGAAUUCCGGGAAGCAAGCCUACGAUACCCUACAGGGCACACGAGAAGAUUUAGCCUACAAACUCAUGGACUUGGAGAUCGAGAAGAACGGUGUCGAGGACGGAUACUUUGAUCAGAUGGUUCUGAAUCGCCAUGCUUUUAAGGACGUCAAUCCAAUCGCCCCUGUUGAAUUGAUUGUGCGAAUAUCCAGCCAAGUCCAGCGUCCAUCCGCACUGGGUAUGGUUAUCCAUGACUAUGCCUCAUAG